UUUGGGGUGGAGGUGUGCAGGCGGGGGAAAGAACUGCCCAGAUGCCCGACGGCUACUGGAAACCUGUCUCCAGUGGGUUAAUUUGCCAGCUGACAUGGGCACAAUAUGGAUGUUGGUGCCCAUUUUUUUUCUGCCACUAUGUCAAGGUUUGGAGUGCCAAAUCCCCUGCAGAAAUGGAGGUGUUUGCUUGUUAGCAAAUGGAACUCAGAUAUGCAGGUGUCCUGAUGGAGAAGACUGCACUAACAGGGAUCCUUGUUUAUCAAGUCAAUGCAAAAAUGGGGGAUCUUGCUAUCGCUUCUCAGCUACUGACUAUAGAUGCCAGUGUGAAACUGGAUGGACAGGCAAGCACUGUGAACACCUUGAUUUCUGCACCCCAAAUCGCUGCAAGAACAAUGGAAAAUGCAUAAAUAUGGUACCAAGCUUCCGCUGCCAAUGCCCAUUAGGCUUUGAAGGUGAGUCGUGUGAAACGGAUGUGGAUGAAUGCCAAGCAGCCGAUACGUGCCGUAAUGGUGGAACAUGCAAAAACCUGGUGGGUUCUUUCAAAUGUGAGUGCCCAGAGAGCUAUCAUGGCACCCGCUGUGAAAUCAGAAGAGGAGUUUGUGCAACAGACAGCUGUCUAAAUCAAGGAAAAUGCCAACAAAUCAAUUUUGAUGAUUACCAAUGUGUGUGCCCAACAGGGUAUACGGGUUCAAAGUGUGAAGAGAAUAUUGAUGAUUGCAUCAACCACAGAUGUGAGAAUGGGGGCUCCUGUAAGGAUGGGCUUGGCAAAUUUACCUGCCAAUGCACCACAGGGUGGAAAGGUUGGUACUGCUCACAGGACAUUGACGAAUGCCAGACUCCUGGCAUCUGUAAGAAUGGGGGGACAUGUCAGAAUAGUCCUGGUGGGUACAAAUGUGUCUGUGUCAAUGGAUGGGAUGGCGACAACUGUGAGCAUAACAUUGAUGACUGUGCAACUGCAACCUGUGCAGAAGGGGCUACCUGCAUUGAUCAAGUGGGAAUGUACUUCUGUUUGUGUCCUCCUGGAAAGAUUGGUCUGCUGUGUACAACCCCAGAUGGCUGUAGUAAUAACCCCUGCCACCCAGAAGCCACUUGUGAUAGUCAGCUAACAUCAGUUGCUGUAUGUCGGUGCCAGCCUGGAUAUACUGGCCAAACUUGCCACCAAGAUCUAGAUGAAUGCGGGCUGGGUUCCUCCCCUUGUGAACAUGGUGGGCAGUGUGUCAACACGCCGGGUUCAUUCUAUUGCAGCUGCCCUCGGGGGUUUACUGGUGCAAGGUGUGAAACUGUCCAAGCUGAAUGUCAGCCAAAUCCUUGUCACAACAAAGCAACCUGCUUGGAUCUGCUGGGACAUUUUGAGUGUUUGUGUGUUCCUGGAUACAAAGGGGACAGAUGCGAGUUGGAAGUAGAUGAAUGUCAGAGCUCUCCAUGUCAGAAUGGGGGAAGCUGCACAGAUCUGCUCAAUGACUACAACUGUUCUUGCCCACAAGGAUUUCAGGGACCACAGUGUGAGGAGGAUGUUGAUGAAUGUACCAGCUCCCCCUGUAAAAACGGUGGACAGUGCCACAAUCAACCAGGUUCUUACAACUGUAGCUGCCCUUGGGGUUUCCAAGGUUCAGUGUGUGAGACUGACAUAAAUGAGUGUACCAGUUCUCCUUGUCACUUUGGUUCCUGCAAGGACAGCCCCGGAUUCUUCACAUGCCAUUGUGACCCUGGGUACAGUGGAGUGUUUUGUGAGAAGGAGAUCGAUGAAUGCGACAGCCAGCCAUGUCACCUUGGUGCUCAAUGUCAAGCCCUUAACAAUGGGUUUCAGUGCAUAUGCCAGCCAGGCAUUACUGGCAAACUCUGUGAUGAAGACAUUAAUGAGUGUCUCUCCAAUCCCUGUCUCAAUGGAGGGUCCUGCAACAACACACUGGGUGGGUUCCAGUGUCACUGUCCCCCUGGGACUCUCCAGCCACUUUGCGCCCUGCAGGAUAAUAACUGUACCAAUGCAACCUGUGUUCAUGGCAGCUGUCAGGAACAGAACAACAGGACAGCGUGUAUUUGUGAUGCUGGUUGGACAGAUUCAGUAUGUGACACUUAUAUACCGUGCAUAACAAAUCCAUGUCAGAAUGGUGGAAUAUGUCAGCCUUCCCAGGAAGGAUUUAUAUGCACGUGUCUUGCAGGAUACUCAGGGCCACACUGUGAAACACGGCUUUCCCCUUGUUACUCAAACCCUUGCAGCAAUGGUGGAACCUGCCAUCACUACCCCAAUCAAAGCAUCUUCCAAUGUGAUUGCCCUGCAGGAUGGCAAGGUACUUUCUGUGAAGUUGACGUGAAUGAAUGUGAGAAAAAGCCCUGUAAGAAUGGAAGAUGUAUAAACACUCCUGGGGCGUACCGCUGUGUUUGCCUUUCCGAUUACACAGGGACCCUCUGCGAAGAACUUGUAGAUCCUUGCUUAUCAGUCAAAUGUCAGAAUGGCGGAACCUGUGUGAGUGAAUCCUUCUCAUGUCUCUGCCCUGCGGGGUACACCGGGGAGCACUGUGAGCAAGGCAUUGAUGAGUGUGCAAGUUCCCCAUGCCAGAAUGGUGCCUCCUGCCUUGACAGAGAAAACUCAUACAUCUGCAACUGUGAUAAAGGCUAUGAGGGGGAGAAAUGUGAGAUAAAUACCUUGGAUUGUACCACCAGCUCAUGCCUAAAUGGGGGUACUUGUGUGGAUGGCAUUGCCAGCUUCUGGUGCCUGUGCCCAGAAAGAUUUACAGGUGAACACUGUCAAGAGGAGCUGAGCAGGUGCCUCUCCAACCCCUGCAGCAACAGAGGAAUUUGCCAAGAUCUUCCUGGAGGCUACUUUUGUUCUUGUCCAUUUGGCUUCACCGGCACUAACUGUGAGGUCGCUGUAGACUUUUGUUCAAUUAAUCCGUGCCAAAAUGGAGGGUCAUGUUCUCAAAGUGGGAUUAGUUACAAGUGCCACUGUGCUACAGGGUGGAUCGGAAGUCACUGUGAAACCCCACUUGCUGGAUGCAGGGCCAGAGCAUCUCAAGAUGGAGUUGACACCACAGCCCUCUGUAAUGGGCAUGGAACUUGUGUGGAUUCUGGCCAUUCCUACAUCUGUCAUUGCUUUCCUGGGUAUACUGGCUCUCUGUGUGAAGUAAAGACUGGUUUCUGCCAGCCAAACCCAUGCCAAAAUGGUGCCCAUUGUCAAGAGCAAGAUGGAUCAUUCCUCUGCCAGUGCCUCCCUGGAUUUCUUGGGCAGACUUGCGCAGAGAGGGAUCAAUGCCUGUCAAGGCCAUGUUUCUACAAUGGGAGGUGUGUGGCACAAGUUGGGGGAUACAAAUGCGAAUGUCUCCCCGGAACCCAAGGAAUCCACUGUGAGAUAAAUCCAGAUGACUGUGCUACUGUAUCCUCUGAACCAAAGUGCUUCCAUGGUGGUACAUGUAGGGAUGAAAUUGGUGGCUUCUCCUGCUUGUGCCCCCCAGGAUUUGUUGGUAGGAGGUGUGAAGGAGAUGUGAACGAGUGUCUGUCCAACCCCUGUAAUCCAAUAGGAACAGAUAUCUGCAUGCAACUGAAUAAUGCUUACAAGUGCAAGUGCCAUCGCCUAUACACAGGUCAGAAAUGUGAGCAGCUAAUAAACUUCUGUGCAAAUAACCCGUGUUUCAAUGGAGGCUCCUGUGCAGUUACAGCCAAUACACCACUUGGAUUCACCUGCAGCUGCCCAAAGGGAUUUUCAGGAGCAACCUGCAGUGACCCCAUUUUACCAUGCAGUCCUUUUACUUGUUAUAAUGGAGGGCAGUGUGUUCCUGGCACAAAUGGACAGCAUUAUUGCCAAUGUUCUAGUGGAUACAGUGGCCCCCAAUGCCUGGAGAUAAUUAGGCCAUACACUCCCUUGGACAGUACUUCUCCACCAGUCUUACCUGAAGCCUGGAAGAGAUGCCCCCAUAUAGACUGUAAGAAAGUCUUCAGAAAUGGAGUUUGUGACAAUCACUGCAACAAUGAAGAGUGUCUGUACGACGGCUUUGACUGCAAUGCCACCCAAGCUUGCAACCCCCUGUAUAACAAUUAUUGCCUGGAUCACUUUGCCAAUGGUCACUGCGAAAGAGGAUGUAACAAUGUUGAGUGUGGCUGGGAUGGAGGAGAUUGUUCAAGUGAAGAAAGAAAGAUGUAUGAGGGCACGCUGGUCCUAGUUUUGAACUAUGCUCCUCCUGUGCUUUACCAACGAGAAAUAAACACUGUCCUACGAAAUCUGUCCAUGUUAAUCCGAGCAGGAGUGAGACUUAAGAGAGACAACAGUGGAAAUAUGUUGUUUAGGUAUCGUAAAAGUGACAACCUUGAUGAGCUCUCCUCUGAUAGACUACAAAGAUGGGAGUAUAAGGAGGUGGAGAACCCUGACAUCAAAGAUCUACCGAAGGAGAGCGUGCCACAGGAGGACACUAUUGGUUGUGUCCUAUUCCUGGAAGUAUUUGGAGCUGAGUGUGUGCAGCCUCCUUGUCUUCAUACAUCAAAAAUUGCUGCAGAUUUUGUGACAGCUCUAAGUGAGAAAACUGAGCCCCAUCUACCAUAUUCUCUGUUGGGAGUGACAUACAAAGAUACAGACAAGAAUGACAUUCUGGUGGCCACCCAGUUGCCGUGGCCUUUGGUUUGGGCAUCUGUUGCUGUUGGUGUGGCUCUGGUUUUAGGAGGAUUUAUUGGCGUCCAGCUCAGCAGAAAGCGUCAACAUGGGGUUCUAUGGCUACCUUCAGGAUUCAGUCGGCAUCGAUCGGGAGACGGUAUCAGGAGAAGGGAACCUGUGGGAGAAGAUGCCACCAGACUCAGGCCCCUAAAGCAUGAUUCGGUGUAUGAUGUAGAUUUAGCUGCUGAGGAAGAAGUUCUACAACCAAAGGCCAAAAGAGUAAAAGUACCGGAGGAAUGUUCCAUCCUUGACCACCGUCAAUGGAGCCAGCAGCAUAUUGAUGCCGGGGUGCGUUUCCCACAAUGCAUUGCUCUGACACCUCCCCAGCAGGAAGCUGAUUGCAAGGACAUUGAUGUGAGAGGUCCAGAUGGGGUCACCCCUUUAAUGUCAGCAAUCUGUGCAGGAGGUGGACUUGAACCAGCUGGAGGUGGCACAGAUCCACCAGAAGUAGAGAGUUCGGCAGUAGUCAUAUCAGACCUCAUUAGUCAGGGAGCCAGUCUCAAUGCUCAGACAGACUCUACUGGAGAGACGGCACUUCACUUAGCUGCUCGCUUUGCAAGGCAAGAUGCAGUCAAAUGUAUGCUGGAUGCAGGGGCUGAUACCAAUGUUCAGGAUAAACUGGGGAGGACCCCGCUACACACUGCUAUUGCAGCUGAUGCUCUUGGUGUCUUCCAGACCUUAUUGAGGUGCCGUCAAACUGAUAUAGAUGCUCGGAUGAAUGAUGGAUCGACUCCGCUUAUAUUAGCUGCUCGGCUACCUGUACAGAACAUGGUGGAGGAACUUGUGUCCUGUGGGGCUGACCUUGGAGCAGCAGAUACACGAGGAAAGUCUGCACUACACUGGGCUGUAGCUGUGAAUAAUGCAGCAGCUGUGAAAACCCUUCUCUGCAGUGGGGCAAAUAAGGAUCUUCAAGAUAAGAGGGAUGAAACACCACUCUUCCUUGCUGCCCGAGAGGGUAGUCUUGAAGCUACCCGAAUCCUUCUUGAGCAUCAAGUAGAUCGUGACCUCUGUGAUCACACUGGACGACAGCCAAGACAUAUAGCCCGAGAACGAGGUCACAGAGACAUUCAGAGACUUCUGGAAGAGCGUUGCCCUGCUGUUCCCAGGAAUACUUCUGUAGCAACUUCUGCUGGGGUACAAGCAAAGAAGACCCACCGAGCUAGGACCAAGGAACAUACAAAACCUGCCCCUUUACCACACAUAGAUUUAAGUGCCUCUUGUUAUCCCCAAGCUCCUCCUCUUUCUGCUCCACCAUAUAUGCAAGGACCCCCACCGGACAGCAGCUGUUGUCAAUCCCACCACCAUUCACUGAUGAGCUACGGAGGAAACUGCCCACCAUAUCCCAGGAGUGGCUCAUUCUCAUCUGCAGUACCAGGAUGCCAGUGGGGUAACCGAGGCUUUAGAGUUCAUUUUUGUCCAACAGGAUGCUCAUUGUCUGAAGCACCCUACUCAGGAGGAGGUCAACCAAUGUCUCCUCAUGCCCACUGGCUUCCGGAAUCACACCAUCCCCAGUCUCCAAAAUGCCAGACCCAACCAUCUGGCUAUUGCCCAACUCCAGCCUCAGAGCAGCCUGCCUCUAAAGACCUGCCUUGUACACCCACUGACCAAUUUGGGAACAGCAUCUAUUUAACCCCACCAUCUUCACAGUAUGGUUUUCCUUCCCCUGCUAGCCCAGAGGAAACAUCUCAGACACAAACUUGCAUGCACCACCACCCCUUCUUAACCCCCUCUCCAGAGUCUAGGAACCCCUGGGGCGUGUCUUCCCCAUAAACCAAUGGCACCUGCAUGGACAUUAAUUUGGAAUGCUCUUCAUAGAAAAGUGAAAGUGAUAAGGUGGCACUUGUAUGACAGAUCUGCUAACAAUUCAUAUAUGAUGACGAUAAGCAGGCCACCUUUUUUUAUAUGAUGGUUAGCACUUAAAACGUGUUUUUAAUGUAGCAUUACUAGUUAUUUUUCAAAGAUUUUUUUUUAAUAUCGGAGACACUGCUUUUCUCUUUCUAAGCAACUCUCCCAUUUUUUUAUCUCAAUAUUUUCAAUGAUUGUAAAUUUAUUUAUAAAUGUACUUGCUACUGAAAGCAAAAUCAAAAUUUUACUUUCCGUAAUUCGAAACUUUCUGCAUAACAGGUUUCCGGAUAACAGAUCCCAUACCUGUAUUAGAAUUAGCCAUGAUGCCUGUAUGUUUGGUUAUUUUUUGCAACUCGCUUGUACUGUACUGGGUAAAUCAUAACGGGAAACAAUGAGAGUGCUAUGAUCAGAACGACUAUGAUUAUAAGAGGUGAAGAUAAUGUGAAUGUUAUGGAUUAUAGGAUAGUGUAUGUGUAUGGAAUACUGAGUGAGGAUUCAGCCUAUGGUAGGGUAGAGGAAUGUGUGUAUAUAAAGGGAAAAUAUGUGACAUAUUCGAUUUAAGGCAGCAGUAGGUUUAAGUUAAGGAAAUGUCUGAAAAUUCCAGAAGGACCCAUGAUACAUUGCAACUGUCAGAUCAACAAGUCAGACUCAGACCGUGUUGCCCAACCUGCAGAAGUGAGGAUGAUGAGGGGGGCUGCUGAACCAACAGUGCAUGCACGGACUUUCCUGGUUAAUGUUUUUACCUAUUUUAUUACCUGUAAUUUAAACAUAGCAUAUAUCUCCAUGGUAUCUAAUCUAACGCUGUUCUAUAAAUAUUGUCAUAUAUAUAUGUAUUUGCAAAACAUAUUAAAACUAAAAUAGCCCAA